AUGUCCCGAUACUACCGGGACAGUGACUCGGACGACGAUCGAUACAAACGGACAACGGUGACGAGGUACAAGGUCGGUCCUGACAGGCACGGAGACCGCUAUGAACGGGCAGAACGCACGGAACGCGUCGAGGUCGAUGAUGACCGCCGCUCCAGGUUCUCCGGUCGCAAUUCAGGCGACUUCUUAGAUACCCGUGGGCCCAUGUCGCCCGAUCGUCCACGUUCAGCGUUUGAGCCUCACAACGGUGAUCGCUCGCGCACCGUAUAUUACGAAAGAGAUGUCGAGCGCGACAACGGCCACAGAGACGCCGACCGCUCCCGCAUAACCGUCUACGAGAGUAAAGAGACGGACAGAGAUUGGGACAGGCGCUCACAUCGUGGCCACAAUGAGGAGGAGCUCAAGAUUGAGAAACGAGUCGAGGAACGAUUUGACGAUAACCAUGGUCAUGAUGUUGAACGAUAUCGCAAAGAAACUGAGUAUUACUCACCGCAGUCGCCUCCGCCUGCUCCCGUCAUUAUCCGCCAACAGUCGUCGGAACCGCAAAAGAUCAUUGUACAAGAAGCACCCCCAGCCCCCAUAAUUGUACCCCGCCAACAGAACCCCGGCGUCGUGGUUUUGCGAGACAGGGAGGAGCGUGAAAUGGUCCGACGGGAACGUGAUCCCUAUGAGGAGGACUACUACUACCGUCAAGAGCGCCGCGAGGUCGGACCUUACCGCGGCGACUACUACCGCAACGAUAGAGAGAGAGACUAUGCCAUGGCACGUUAUGACCGUCGCAGAAGAGAUGACGACUACAGCGACGAUGACGAAUUUUAUUAUCGUCGCACUGUGCGCAGGGAGCGCAGUGAAAGCCCCCAUCAUCACAAACGACAUCUUGCUGAAGGCGCACUCGCAGGCGCCGGUCUUUCUGCCCUGCUCACCAGCCGCCGCGAUGACUAUGGCGACUUGCCCGAGAAUCGUGGUCGCAAGGUCUUGGCUGGUGCCGCCUUGGGAGCUUUGGGAACGGAAGUGGCUCGCCGCGCACACAGCGCCUACGAAGAGAGAUUUGGCGACGGCCGCGAGUCGCCCGAUCACCACCAUCUUCUCAAAAAGGGCCUGGGUGUUGCUGCUGUGGCUCUGGCCGCUGCCGGCGCUGCGAAAUACUACCAAGCCAGCAAAGUCGAGAAGGAAGAGGCCCAUCGUGGCCGCAGCCGCACACGAGGAGGCUAUUAUUCUGGCGAUGACUAUUCCAGAUCGGUAUCCCGAUCUACUCAUCGCAGCAAGAGCCGACGACGAAGCAUAUCUACGGCCGCCAAAGCCGCUCUAGGCACCGCCGCCACAGCCGGCAUCAUCAAGCACUUCCGCGACAAGUCCAAGUCCAAAUCCAAAUCCCGCCAUGGCAGUCGCAGCAGGAGCAAGUCUCGACUCCGAAGAGUAGCCGAAAUCGGAGGCGUCGCCGCCGCUGCCGGCGUUGCUAACAAGCUUUGGAAGAACCACAAGGAGAAGAAGGAAAAUACCCGCGACCUGAGCGCAAGUGGCGACGAUGAGUACUACCGCCGUCGAGACUCGAGAAGCAGGCAUAGGAGCGUCAGCGGCGGCAGACACCGGAGCAGGUCGAGGUCGAUGGCACGAUCCCCUUAUGCGCAGCCUGGUGCUGAUCCUGAGCUAGGCCUAGUUGAGUACGGUAACGAUCCUUUGUAUCCCGAGUCCCGAGACGCCCUGGCCCGAAGGGAUGUUGAGUCCGAAGCUGAGGAUAGACGACGCGAACGACGGAGACGGAGGAGACGCGAUCGCUCGGCCUCGGCAUCUGGCUCAGAUGACGACGGGCACGAGAGGAAACGAAGCAAGAGUAGGUUGAGAGACAUGGCCGCUGCGGGAGCUGCAGCAGGCGCUGCCGCCAUGGGCAUCAAAGAAUUCAAGGACAGAAAGGACAGAAAGGAUCAGGACAAGAGGGACAGACGGUCCAGGGAGAGGGACGAAGACAGAAGACGACGUGAUGAUGACCGCCGAGAAGACUACUUUGACGACCAUGUCCGGCCACAUUCACCUCCCACCGCGUCUGGUGGCGCCUAUUAUCCGCCUUAUCCCCCAACUCCCGGCGGACCACCCAUGGCAAGCGGUGCCAACUACACGCCAUAUCCAGACCAAAAUGGCGGCGCACCUCUUCACCCCGAAUACCAGCCAUACGUCCCGCAAGAUUAUAUGGGUUACGCUCCUCCCCCUCCCCCUCCACCGGCCGGUCCUCCCCCUCCCCCUGAACCCGGCUUCCGAGGCGGCCCCGAAUACCCACCUGGUCCGCCUCCACCACCGGGACCGCCUCCUCCGCCCGCAGGUCCACCACCUGGUGGAAACCAUCCACCAGACCAUGUGAGUGAUCAAGUCCGAAACCAAAAAGCCCCUGUCAGAGAUACAUCAAAUGAUGGUGUAAAUGGCCCGUAUGGCUCUGGUUGGAGUGGUGGACCGCCAACAGCCUCGAAGUCCGUGUCUUUCAUCCCGCUGUCGCCAAAAAGCUCUAGAACAAUGGAACGACAUAGGAGAGAGCAAGUGGAAGGGUCUGAGGGCGAGGAUUGGGACAAUAAUGAUCCCGACUCUCACCCAAGAGACAACAGAUUUGACUCGAAUCGUCGACGCUCAUCAGAUCCAACUCCCCAUCCUUUGGUCCAGCGGAACAGACGAUCCAGAGACGACUCAGGAUCUGACUCUGAUGACAUCGAAGUCCUACCAGAUCGGUUCGACUCCCGUGGCAGACCACUACAUGGCCGGUCCGCCAGUCAAGACGGCUGGACCACACGAAGGGGUACAUUCCGUAGGGAGCCCCAACGCCCAGGAGGAUGGGACGUAAGCGGAGCAUGGCAAGUCAGCGGGACGGACGGCGAGGCUGUGGAUAAAUUAGUCAGGGACUUCACUGGUGCGCUUGACGGACAGAAAGGCUGGAUGGGUGUUCUCGGACAGGUUUUGGGGUCGGGACUACUUCCUGGUGCUACCGCGGGUCCAAGUAAUGAAGAGCACGGAAGUGGAAGACAGCGACAUGAACAUGAUGGGGAUGACGAUGAUGGGAGGAGGAGGCGGCGAAGAAUGCAGAGAUGA